AUGAAUUGGACAGAUGUACAAAUUUAUUGUUAUUCAAGAUUUCCUGCAUUAACAUUGGAUUUUCCAAUAGUCGGUUAUGAUCUGAUUCUUGCUUAUUCACAACCACCAAUUCCAUUCAUAACAUUUCUUGUAUUCAAUACUCAACCUGAAGCUCAGGGAACUGUUAAAAUUCAAAGUUUAUCUCCAUAUGAUCGACCACAAAUCGAUCAUGGUUGGCAUAAUUUGUCUGAAUAUUAUCAAAAUAAUCUACAAUACGGUGUCAACUUCGUUCGUAAUAUGACUCGAUAUACGAAUUGGGGCAAACGAUACGUUAAAAGUGAACUUUUUCCUGGAAAUCGAUACAGUAGAUCCGAUGAUCUACAUCGUCGAUUGAAUAUGUGUAGUGCUUACCAUUAA